CAUAUUCGUGCGACGCAAAAGGGAUCGGUUUGUUCGUUGAUAUGAUUUUUGACCCGCUCCUGUAAUCGUACUCGUAGCAAUGCAAGCACAGGAUCUUCGGUUCACCUUGUAUAUUGCAGCUGUAGCAGAUGCAGAUGUCGACGCCUCGGUACUAGCAUCUUUCGUGCGAAGAACAACCAGGAGUCGGUGAAGAUAUUUUACUGAAAAGCGCUUUUCAUCAUUUCAACAAGCUAGGCUAAUGUCGGUACUACUGUCGUGCAUUCGUUCUUCUCUUUUCGUCUUCGUCCGGAAGAAGUUACAUUUGCGUCUGGCCUUGUGUUGGUCAGCACAGUCGUGCUCGCUGCAAGUAGACUACUAUAUAUUUGCGACCAUAUUAGUACCAUUACGCAAUCAUGCCCAUCAUCAUCUGUCACCAGGCCCCCUCCUCAAACCAACUAUGUCAGAAACAUAAAUAUGACAGGUACCCUGAAAAUGAAAUCAUGUAAGUACGAUAUGUUCGGCUUUUGCUCCACUGACGUUCUUGCACGUACUACAUUUGCUACAUUAAUAUUACCGAAGUAGACGAGCGACAGUUCUUUGUCCUAGCACAUCAUGUCCCGCAACGCGGCGGCGCAGCAGUCCUCCAUGAAGAAGCACCAUGCGGUGGGACAGAAAAAUCUGGAGUACAUGGAGGAACUGCACCGGCGGUUGAAACGGAAUCUGUAUCAAGAGGAAAAAUCCCCCCUCCCCAUAUCGAAACGAAGUUUCUGAUGCUGGAUUUCCGUACACAAAUCAGAUUUGUCUUGCAGUAGAGGACUGCAGGCAUAUGUCAAGCCUCGGUCGAGAGGUUUUGACGUAGGCACCUAGCAUGGCAAAAGUGUAUGCUCUAAGCCCAACAGCAUCACAAACCGCCUGCAAAAUGCAGGGGGCUCUCCAGACUUGCCUUCUUGCAAGACAGACAAGAUUUGAGGUGACAAAUGUGCAUCACAAAUUUUCAGACGGAUGCGUUUUCAAUAUGGGGAGGGGGAAUCUUUCUUUACGAUAAUCUGAUCGGCGAGAACAUCACGCCGCAGCUGAUCCGCCGGAAGUUUUUGCAGCAGACGCUCGGGAACCCCCAGUGCUACUAUACCACCUCGCAGACCAAGGAGAAAAAGAAGAAGAAGGACGACGAGGAUGAGGAUGACGAUGAGGACGAGGAGGAGGACGUGCUGGUGCAGCGCGACAUGUGGGCGACCGAGGCGAUGGAAAACCUGAAGGCCGAGGCGCUGCGGAAGAACAUCACGGCGCGGAAGCUGUCGCACGGCGGGGGCUGGUGGAGCGCGAGCGGCAAGUGGAAGGUGGUGGAGUCGGUCCGGACCCAGCGGCUGCGGGAGGAGCGGCUGCGCAAGCGCGAGGCCGCGGAGCUGAAGAAGAAGCAGGAGGAGCUGUGGAAGCAGAGCGAGGAGGAGAAGUUGCGCGCGGAGUUCAACAGUUCGGUCGCGAGCGGCAAGGCCAACCCCAUGGAGAAGUCCGGCGGGAUCGCGUUUUCGGUUUCCAACGUGGACUUCAAUUCCGGCGGGGGCAAGACAGCCGGCAGCGACUCCGACAGCGAGCAGGAGGACUCCAAGAUGAAGAUGCGCAGCCAGGCCAUGGACGUGAAGAAGCAGAUCAUCGCCACGAUGGCCGAGCUGCUGGCGCUGGAGCUCGGGUCGCUGACCGGAUACGGGCUUUACGGGGACGGGAAGAAGUAUGGAUGUGUCAGGAUUGAAAUCGUCAAAGUUGAAAUAAUUUGUGAUGCGUAAAAUGUAGGGCACGUGUGGCCUGUGUUGGGGAGGAGGCAAAGGAGACCGAUUGCGAGCCUGUUUAGGGAAAGACGAUGUGCUGCCAGAGUAGCAUGACAGGAGCAGCGUUCUUUGCCCAAACAGCAUGACAGACUGGAUUUUGGUGCUGCCGAAAUUUGUCAUGCGCCACUUGAAAACUGAGGCCCCAACUGGCAUCCAUUUUAUGCAUGGCAAAUCAUUUCAACUUUGUCGAUUUCAAACCUGACGCUUGCAUAAGAAGCACCCGGCCGCGGUCGGGGUCACGGACCUGGAGCUGUUGACGGACUUCACGCGAAUCGAGCCGGUGUUGCUGAAUUCGCUCGUGGGGGAUCUUCGCCCCUUUCUCUCCCGGUGGAAAUACGUGUCCAUGAGCUCGCGGCAGCUGAAGUCCGUGCAGGAAUACGAGAACCGAUGGAGCAAGUUGGAGCAACUGCACCCGCUGAACGAUCUCAACUGGUUGGCGGAUCAAUUUGUCAUGCUGCACCUCAGCCGCGAGUACCCGGAGCUGGGGCUGGGCUUGGUGAAGAGUGCGAUGAACACAUCAACUUCGGAACAAAGUGCCGGCGCAGCGGCCGCGACAGAAAACGCCGGGAGCGCCGGGGGGAACAGCAGUGGCGGCGCGGCGGCGGACGGGUCUCCGACUGGGGGUGUCGAACAUCAGGCGCAGGAGGACGGCCAGGGGCAGGCGGGCCACGUCCGGUUCGGGGGUGAGCAGGUGGUGGAAAUCGAAGGAGCGUCGUCAAGUACUAACACCGGCGGAAAUGGUGGCGCACAAAAUAACCAGCAAGCCGGUGGGCAGCAGGGGGCGGCAGCAGGGUCGGCCUCCAGUGCAGCAGCGGCGAAAAAGAAGGACAAGAAGGAGGAGCAGGAGGAAGACGCGUUCCAGCCCGGCCAGUUCGGGUGGAUCAGCAUCACGGAGCUGCAGGCGGUGUGCGGGGCGUUCUUGGAGUUCCGCUUCCCGAACCGCGAUUUGUACAUUGAGGACAAUCAGCUGACGCCGGCGAUGUAUCUGAAGGCGCUGGAGAUUGCGUUUUCGCAGACGAGCCCGAUUCAGCAGGCGCAGACGCCGCUGGAGGUGAACUUCGACACGGCCUGCGUCGUGUGCGAAAUCUGCCGCAUCCUCUGGCUGCGGUUCCAGAAGCAGGGGGGGUGGCAAAAGAACGUGGUGUCGCAGCUGAUGGAGAUCUUUCCCACCAACAUUUCCGGCGAGCCGCUCGAGGUUCCGAACAGCCGGGUGUUCAACAUCAUGCAGCGGGGCGGCAUUCCGGUGGACCCGGGCGACGAGCAGUCCGGCUUCAUCGACCUGCUCCGCGAGUCGGACAUCAACCAGGACGGGGUCACCAGUUUCGAGGAGUUCUGCUACCUGCUGAAGCGCUUCGACGACACGCUGCGGGCGCAGACGUUUCUGAAGAUCGUGGAGCACGGGUACGAAGACUUCCUGCCCGGGUACUUCAAGGACGAGUGGCUGUACGCGCUGAAGUCGCUGAAGAACAGCGCGGACGUAUCCCAUGUAAAAACAUCCCCACCCCAUAGUCAAGAUGGGGAUUUUGCAACAUAAACCUUGAAGUUUUGGGAACCACGCAAGACAAGUUGCAGGCUGUAGUGUAGUGCAUUUUAGCGAGGGAAUCCGCAUACCAAAUCCAUCUCCUCAUCCUGUUUACAGCAUUACAAGUUCCAAAACACAAUGGGAAACGCCUCUCAUGGGGAUGCGCAUUACAAACGCUCUUGCGCUUGCAGAUCUGCAUCACAGCUCUGGGAUGGGGAUGUUUUUACACAGGAUAGGACGCGUCGGUGCAGCUGUCCACGAAGCCCUCGGAGGAGGUGUACACGGUGGCGGACCUGUAUGCAAGAAAAAAACUGUGUAAGUGUAAAUUUGUGUUGCAGAACAUGCAACAGAGUAUGCGCCUGUCAUGCCAGACAGCCAUGAAGUCCUCUUUUCGUGUGUGUUUUCCCUUACAAGCCGCGCAUGACAGGUUUUCUCUGUCAUGUAGAGCAAAUUUGUGAUGCUGUCAACCAAAGAAAGUUUCACUAACACAGUUUUUUUCUUGGAUAACCUGCGUGACGCCUUCGCCGCGAUGGGGCUCGAACAGCAGAUCAGCCGGGAGCGGCUGCGGCAGAUGGACCGGCUGCGCGACGAGCUGGAGAUCGACCCGCGCCACAUGGACGAGUACGACGUGAACUACUGGAUGGGCGCGUGCUUCCAGCAGAACUGCGGGGACUUCGCGGCCAUCGUCCGCGAGUGGAGCUUCGACCGAGACAAGAAGCGGAUGGGCAAGUACGUCCGGGACAAGAAGGACCUGAUGAAGCCCACGUGCAAGCUGUCCAUCCUGGACCACAUUGACGACCUACUGGGGCAGGACUUCAAGACGGACUGGUGGAGCCUGGUGGGGACGAAGACCCUGCGUCUCUCCUCCUGGCAGCACGACAAGCCGCACUUUUUGAACUCGAAACUGGCCGGGAGGGUGAUGUCGGUCGCGAACCGGACGCCGGCGCCCAAGGAGAUGACCAACACCACCCAGGACGCACUGGCGCAGGCCCGGAAAAUCCGAACCCUGAAAUCGCGGGACCGCAUGGGGAUCGAUGCGCACGGCGAGAGAAUCGUCGCAGAAACCGACGCAGACCGAAAACCAAAGGAAAUCUGGCGGAUCUCUUAAGCCGGUGGACUGGAAAAGAAGCUGCACCGCAAUGCCUCUGUCUACUGACUCGCCGGUUCGGUCGUGCAACAUCAUCCAGCAGGCGUGAAAUCAGACAUGAGGCAUUUUGUAGCUUUAGAAAGUUACUACACCUAACGAAAGUAAAGCAGGGAAAGCCUGCUUGCAUUUUAGUUUUUUUUCUUCCUUACAUUGUUUACAUUAAGUACCCUCAUCUAGUAAAAGCUCCUAUGGAUCAUGUUGAGAGAUCGAGCACCCCUCUCUUUACUGCUGCAGAACUUUUCUGCUCAUUCCAAGAAUCAAUCCCGUAACACGUGACGGCUGUCGUUGUCUACCAUAGCACUGUCUUUUAAUCGGAC